AUGCAUCAACAAGUAUAUUGGACUAGUACUAAUAAUUUACAGAAACGUAAAAGUUCAUUAGCAUUAGCUAUACGUAUUACAAUAUUUUUAGGUGUUAUAAUAUUUUAUUGCCUAUUUCGACCAAAUAUUCAUAAGAAUAAUAAAGAAAAUUAUUCAAUAAAUUCUGGCAGAAAAUUACUUGGUGUUAGUACAUUUCCAGCAUCUGAUAAAAAUAAUAUAAAUUGUACAAAUUCAACAAUUAAUGAAUUUCCUAGUGAUGGUUUAACAAGAGAACAACGUAAAAAUGGUUGGAUCAUUUUACAUAUUCUUUUAGCAUGUUAUUGUUUUUGGUUAUUAGCAGUCGUUUGUGAUGAUUAUUUUGUCCCUGCAAUUGAUUUAAUGUGUUCAAGUGUUAAAAUGGAUGCUGAUGUUGUUGGUGCUACAUUUAUGGCAGCAGCGGUAUCUAGUCCAGAACUUUUUAUUAAUUGUAUUGGAACAUUUGUAACAAAAACAGAUUUAGGAACUGGAACAAUUGUUGGUUCAGCUGUUUUUAAUAUAUUAGCUGUUCCAGCUUGUUGUGGUUUAUUUACUGAACAGAUGGAAAAUUUAGAUUGGUGGCCUAUAAGUCGAGAUUGUUUAAUGUAUUGUUUUGCAAUUUUAUGUUUAAUUUUUACAUUAUAUGAUGGUAAAAUUAUGUGGUAUGAGGCGCUUGUAUUAAUUAUUACAUAUAUCAUUUAUAUUACAGCAAUGAUUCUUAGUAAUCGUCAUAUGGUUAAUAAAGCAAGGAAAUUAGCUGCUAAAUGUAAAUUUCGAGGUUCUACUCUAUGUAUUUACAAGGAAGUCAAUGAAAUCACACCACUUUUGUCUAAUAAUUUAGAAGAUGAUAUUGAAAAUAUAGAUGAAUUUAAUUGCAGUUUAGAAAGUAUAGAUGAUGAUCCUUGGAUUUUUAAUAAUAGAAAUUUAAUCAUAUUUGUAUUACGGUGGCCAAUCACAUUCUUAUUAUGGAUAACAAUACCAAAUUGUAAAAAACAUCCAAAACUAAAAUAUAUAACAUUUUUGAUAACAGUUUGCUGGUUAGCGAUUACAUCAUAUUUGGUAUCAUUUUUUAUUACAUACGUAGGUGAUACAUUAAAUAUACCUGAUUCUGUUAUGGGAUUAACAAUAUUAGCUGCCGGAAUGAGUAUACCUGAAGCAGUAUCAAGUGUACUUGUUACUAAUCAAGGAUGUGGUGCUAUGGGUAUUAGUAAUUCUAUUGGUUCAAAUACAUUUGGUAUAUUAAUUGGUUUAGGUUUACCAUGGUUUGUAAAAAGUUAUUUUAUACCAACAGUACCAAAUGAAAAUUGGAUUAUCAUGAAUUCAUCAACAUUAACAUAUUCAGCUAUAGCAUUAUUAGCAACAUUAUUAGGUUUUUAUAUGUCAUUUUUAGCAAAUAAAUUUUAUUUAAAUUGGAAAGUUGGAAUUUGUUGUACAAUAAUGUAUGUAGGAUUUAUAAUAUUAGCAUCAAUGUUGGAAUUAAAUUUUUUCUCAAAUGUUAAUUUGCCAGUAUGUGAACAUUAA